AAGAGUUCAACCUGCUGACCUUCCUGUCGUCUCGACUGGCCACGGAAGAUCUCCCAAACGACGCCUGGAGAAUUUCCCCGGAGACGUGGAAUCACCUCUGCCACGUCAUCGGAAACUCUUCAUACGCCAUCUACUGGCAAGGAAACAAAUUUUUCGAGGGUCCUCUCAGUCCAAGUUGGUCUCUAAACAUGAAUGGAACUCUGGUGCUUGGGCAAGACCAGGAUACGAUUGGAGGUGGCUUCGAUCCAAGUCAGGUUAUGGUUGGAGACAUAGCUCAGCUCAUCUUUUGGGAUAGUAUGCUGACUUCGAGUGAAGUCCAUGACCUUGCUACUUGCAACAGCAUUGAUAAACCAGAAUUCUUCCACUCAGAUCAUGCAAAAUUCGAGAAUUCUGGAGCACAAGAAGAAUGGCAAAAUAUAUCGACACUAUGCAGGAAAUCAGAUAAGUACUUUGUCAUACUUCCUGAGCAACGUAGUUUCCAAAGAACAGUUGAAAUCUGCAAACUUCUGAAUCUUUCCAUUGCUGUUCCAGUGGAUGCAGAAGAGAAUCGUGCUCUCACACAAGAUCUUGCGAAUUUUCAUGAGACUUUUACCUCAGGAAGAGUUACGAAGCUCUGGCUAGGUCUGAAAAAUGAAUGUGAGGGUAAUGCCUGGCGAGACGUUUCUACAAAUGCAGUACCUUCAUACUUGAAUUUUGUUCCACCUUUUUUGUCAGGAGAUAAAUCUUUUGACUGUGCAGUCCUGACCAUAAAGGGUCAUUAUAACGAUGAGAGUUGUGCUAAACUGUCUAAAAACUGCGGAGCUUGUCAGGCACGCAGAUAUAGCUUCUUGCGUCUGAGAGGUUUGUGCUUUGAACAUGAACUUCAUUCAAGAUUUCGUAUAGAUGGUUAUCACAACAAUCGUCCCGUUUUUCUGAAUUACUAUGAUCUAGCAAUAGUAUGGGACAAUAGUUCUACAAGUUGGAAGCUAAUGAGUGCCAUAGAACAAAUAACAUAUAUGGAAAUGGUGACGAUGUCUGCCAGGCAAUAUCCUGUUGGGCAAAAUACGUGGAUCGUUGAGAACGAAAUGUGUGGCAAAGCAAAAGGCCAAGCCCUAGAACUUAGUUUAUCCUCCUGUCUGGAGAAUACAUUCAUGUGUAAAUCUGGCCAUUGCAUUCCUCAGGAACUGCGUUGCAACUUGCGCACUGAAUGCGAUGAUGGCAGUGGUGAGCAAGGCUGCAAUAGGAUUCUCAUUGAUGACCUGUAUCAGAAAAAUAUUCCUCCAACAGGUCCAGGAGGAGCGCCACUGCAGUUGAGCACAAAAAUCCAGUUGUCUCGCAUUACUCAAGUAGAUGACAUGAAUAUGGCAAUUACCUUAGAAUUCAGGGUCAAUCUGACAUGGGUUGAUCCCAGAGUGACCUUGAAACAUUUAGGAAAAACUACCAGAGGAACCACCUUGACAAGCAAAGAAGCCGACAGCGUUUGGAGGCCUACGUAUAAACUGUUAAACAUAGAAAAUGGCAGGAAGGAACUAUUGGAGAGCCACUUGACCAUCUUAACUGCAAAUAAUGCUACAGAAGUUGAUUUCAACAAUCUGGCAAUGGAACUGACAUACCCAGGUUCUGAAAAUGCUUUUACAAUAACUGACCAUUACACAGCAAGGUUUGUGUGUGGCUUCAGACUAGCUGGUUAUCCUUUUGAUGUCCAGAAGUGUUCAAUUGGCAUCCAGUUGGCAGCCGUUUACGGAGGUUACGUGGUAUUUUCACCUAAAGAGGAUUCGUUCCAAUACUCAGGACCCGGGGAUCUCAGCCUGUAUUCAGUGAAGGAUGUCUCGGGAAGAAUCCUUGAUGACGAUAACCGGAUGGAACUGGUUUUCAAGCUUCAGCGUCGACCUGGCUACAUCCUGCUAACUGCUUUCGUUCCCUCGACCUUAUUGCUGCUCGUCAGUUGGGGGACUCUCUUCAUACAGCUGGAGCAGGUUACAGCCAGAGCAAAUACAUCCAUGACGAGUCUUCUUGUCCUUUAUACGCUGUUUUCAAACACAAGCAGAUCUCUCCCGGUGACAGCGGAAGUCAAACUCUUUGACUUCUGGUUUUUCUUCAUCAAAUUCAUGCUGUUCAUCAACAUCUUGUUCCACGUAUUUGUCCGAGACGAGAUAUCCAUUGCCGUGGAGCCAAUGACCAAAGAAAUGAUGCGCUCGAAGUCAAAGCUUAAUCAUAAAGACAGCAGUAGCUCUGUUGGGCCACAAUCUCCAUUUCAGCAUUAUGUCCCAGUUAGAGUCUUACGUCUGUACAGAACUAUAAUCAUCCCAGUGAUCAUAAUAAUCUUUAACUUGAUAUUCUGGAUAGCAGUGGGUGUUGUGCGGUAUCACUUGGCGAAAUAUUAGGGUUGUU